UUUAAGACAAAUAUUUUCGUUUGUAAUAAUAAUACUAGUGCUAUAAACAAAAUGUACAUAGGCUCCUCCUCCUACCUAUCCUAUGCCUGAAAAAAACACACUAGCUAAACAGUCUAGAAGCUACAGUAGUGUGUGUGUGUAUAUAUAUAUAUUUAUAGCAAUGGUGAAGGGUGAGAUUGAGGAGGAAAAAGUGGGCAAUUGACAACAUCGUUCAAAGCAAGCAGCACUUAACCUCAUCUGUUGGAUUAUGAAAGAGAAGCAGAGCAGAAGAAGAAUAGGACCCACCAGAAUUGAAUUGGCAUUGAAUUGAAAGGUGAGCACAGAGAGAGAGAGAGAGAGAGAGAGAGAGCUGCCUGUCUGUUCUGCCAGUCGAUGAGUUUCUUGCACCAAGGGGUUUACUUUUGCAUCCUGACCUGACCUGACCUGACCUGCCUGCAAAUACUGUUCCCCUACCCUCCACACAGGAAAUUAAAUUAGAAAACCCCAAUCCAAUUCAUUCUUGUAAAUUGACCUUGACCUAAUGAUCUGACACUCUGACUUGACCCUAUACUAUGCAACAACAACAACGCCACCACCAUCAUCACUCUUGAAAAGACUCUGUUGGACUUUUUCAAGGAGACUAUCGAGGCAUUCUUUUCUUUCCCUGUCUUGUCUCUUUCCCCUGUCUUCUGGUUUGCUCGUGUCCUGUUUCCUUUAACUGUUACUCAGUCAGUCAGCAGUCACGUUGUAGUAGUAAAUAAAAAGGUUGGAUGAUCGGAGGAGAGGGACAUUUGACAUUUGACAUUUUGAAAGCAGACAAGCAAGGGUCUUGAAGGUGAAAUGGAGAGAGGCUGCAGAGAUCACCACCAUCAUCAUCAUCAUCAUCAACUUCAUCAUCAGGCCACUCCAGAGAGGCAGCAGGGGAAGCUGAAGCCGAUGAGCAGCAGGGCUCCCUCGCCGGCGCCGGCGACGGCGUUCAAGAAAGUUGAGGUGGUGUAUUAUUUGUCCCGGAACGGCCAUUUGGAGCACCCACAUUACCUGGAAGUCACCCACCUCGCCCACCAACACCUUCGCCUCAAAGAUGUAAUGGAUCGUCUUAGAAACCUCAGGGGCAAGGCCAUGCCCUCACUCUACUCCUGGUCUUGUAAAAGGAGCUACAAGAAUGGAUAUGUGUGGAAUGAUCUUGGUGAGAAUGAUCCUAUUUAUCCAUCUCAAGGUCAAGGGGGUGCUGCUACUGCUGAGUAUGUCCUCAAAGGCUCUGAGAUCAUUAGCGAUGCUCCUAUUCAAACUGACAAACUACACAACCUUCGACUAGGGGGGUACAAUAAUGUCCAGCUGCAAGACUCCAAUUUUCUGCCCAAAAAGCGGAUGGACGAGGUGGUCAGCAGCAGCAGCCCCUAUGAAGACGAUGAUGAAGAGAUGAUGCAAGGAGAGCAGGAAGAAGAAGAAGAAGAAGAAGUAGAAGUAGAGUAUGAAAUGAAAACAGGCAGCCAUGGAAAUGGAAAUGAGAAUGUUUCUCGCUCUAGAUGCUCAAGAGGUGUAUCCACCGACGUCGAAAUCAAGAAAUUGCAAAAGACCCCUAAUUCUGAAUUAUCCCUUCAGAGCUCUUCAUUCUCAUUUUCCUCACCUCCGACGUCGACCACCUCGUCUGAGACGAUCAACAACAAUAACAAGAAAUCGGACGAGACAUCGGCGGCAUUGGUGAGCAGGAACUCGGUGCUGCUGAGCCUGAUUGCCUGCGGCGGCUCUGCGUCGUUCAGGAAGACAGCAGCGCCACCGCAGGUGGAAGCAGAAGCAGCAGGUAAGCCGUCGCCUGCUAGGAAGAGCAAUGGCGUUGGCGGCGGAAACCAUAACAAUAAAGUGAAAAUUGGGAUGAAGGAGGAGGUGAUGUUGAUGAUCGGAUGCAUGUCGGAGAAUCCGAGGUUCGGGAACUUGCAGGGUGAGGAGAAGGAGUAUUUCAGUGGGAGCAUUGUGGAGUCUCAGAUCAAUCAGAAUCACCAACUUGCUACUGCUGGAAUGUUGAAGAAAUCUUCUUCCCACAAUGAAGAAAGGAGCAAUGGUGUUGGACUGGGAGAAGAAGAAUCAUGGAAGGAAGACAAUGACAGUGAAGAAGGGGGUCUGAAAGGGAAAUGCAUUCCGGGAAGCAGCAGCAGCAGGAGCAGGAAGAAGAAGGCCUCUAAACAAUCAAGGAACUAGAAAUGCAAAUGAAAUUCAUCUCGAUUAUAUUCUUUUGAGAGAGAGAUUGGAGAGACUUUUGAGGUAUAGAUGAAUGAUUAUAUAUGUCUGACUCAAUAGUAAGUCCAAAUGGAAAAUUGUUUAUGGAUUUGCGUUACAAAGAGUCAAUGCAUGUGCAGGGCACGUGGUUUUCAGAUUUACUUAAAUAAUAGUAAUACAUUG